GAGACACACUACUCUCGUUGCAAACAUGGCGUCUCUGAGCUGAAAGUCGAAUAUCGAAACUGACUCUGUUGUCGUGAUUGUGAAACUGUCGCAGCGCUUUCUACGAUCCCAAACCAGCGGCGAACUGAGCACUGGACGCACGAAGAGGCGCACUCGAUCCCACCUUUCUAGUCACGUUUGUCGCCUCAAAACGUGCCGAGUGUCAAGAACCGACGCAAAGCCUGGAUGUUGUAAACAGCUGCAUUUGUUUUCCUUCGAGCUCGAGCGACACACCAAGGCCCAAGAUUUCACCCAAAAGCCCAACGCUUCACUCAAUUUCUGAUCGAUCGUUUGAAUUUCUGUCUCGCCGAGAUCGACGAUGGAGGAAACGACUCAGGGCAGCACGCCAAAUCGGGUGAGCGUGGAAAAACAGAAGCGCAUUUUCAAGAUCAUCGUGAUCGGCGACUCCAACGUCGGCAAGACCUGCCUGACGUACCGCUUUUGUUGCGGCAAGUUCCCUGCCAAGACCGAGGCCACGAUCGGCGUCGACUUUCGGGAACGGACCGUCGACGUAGACGGCGAGCAGAUUAAGCUCCAGCUUUGGGACACAGCGGGGCAGGAGCGCUUCCGCAAAAGCAUGGUGCAGCACUACUACCGCAACGUGCAUGCCGUGGUCUUUGUCUACGACGUGACCAAGAUGGCCUCGUACCAGAGUCUCCCCCUGUGGGUGGAGGAGUGCGACGAGCACCGGCUCACCAGUGACAUCCCCCGCAUUCUUGUUGGCAACAAGUGCGAUUGCAAGGAGAAGGUUGCCGUGAGCACCAACAUGGCGCAAAAGUUUGCUGACCUGCACAACAUGCCGCUCUUCGAGACCUCGGCCAUGGACGAGAGCGAGUCGGACCACCUCGAGGCCAUCUUCAUGACCCUCGCCCACAAGCUCAAGAACUCCAAACCUAUGAUGACGGCCACCUCCUCCCUCUGGCAGUCCAGCCAUGCCGAGGAGCGCUCGCGGAGCGUCGUGCUACGCCAUGCAAACGACAGGAACUACAACGAGUCCACGUGCAUCUGCUGAACUGCCUUUUAGCUUCGGUUCCACUUCGCCGGAUCCGUUUCCGUCGGACGCGAGAUCCGUCGGAUGCAGUUUCGCCGGUUCCUGUCUCGCCGGAACUGGGGUUGCAUGGUACGUGUCUUUGACUGGGGCGGUCACCGUCCUAUCCUACCCACUCAUCCAAAGGGCUCCCAAAGUGGCGACAAAUAGCACCGCGCCAGCCGGCGCGACGUGGCGUCAAAUGGUGCAAUCCUUGCGGUCGGUGUUAGGAAUGCUGGCGAAAAAGGCAGUCCGACGCCGGGGUCGCUGCUUUAAGCCGAGGUCACGCCGCUCGAGCAUCGUACAAAAGACACAACAUUUGAUGCAUACAUGAUGAUGUAUGUUUCGAACACGUCUAUAGCAAGUUUUUGUGACAGGAUUGUCAUACGAGGAGGGAACGUACCUUGGACAGUGUCUGCAGGCCGUCUUUUGUGUGACACGUUAGCGGUGGGACCGCAGCUUUAGUGUCUGUCAACCGUCUGGCUGCGGAACGGCCCACGGCAGGACGGGUGUCUGCCGCAUCCGCGGCUGUGCUGCCACCAGGACCGCGGCAGACGACGGCGCAGCAAUUUUAGGACGUCGCGAGGCAGACAUAGAGCGACCACUUUUGAGGACGCGGUAGACAUACCAGUCGGAGACGCGCUCCAGGCAACCUACCAAUACCAGUUUUUCGUCAGGUGUCUGCACCACCCAAUUCGUUUUGUUACGUCAUAUUCCAGUUCUCAUUGAGGGUGUGCUCGCAGCACUUGCAUGUCCCACUGAACAGGCUAUGCUUAGAGCAUCUACACCCCGAUCCUCGAUUCGCUCAUGGGCGCCGCCAUUUUGGUGCUCAGUGCAGAGCAGGCGCAGUCGGCGGUUGUUAUAGUUCUCAAAUUCAACUUGCCUGCGCUUCGGACACGGUGUCAGGAAGCUCGAGCAAUGUCUUUUUGCUCCGUUGCAAACUGUUUUAACAUUUCUGGCGAACGAAAAGGCGUUCUCGAGAUUUCAGAUCGAGGUUCGGAUAACUGACAACGAUGCUUUUAAGCCCCAAGAUGGUUGAAGUGCCGUUACUUUGAAGCAUAGCCUAUUAAGUGGCUCCAGUCCAAAGCACACUUUCUGGUUCAAUUCUAGCAGGAUUUGCAUCUCGAGAGGUUCUGUUCAUCGGGUGGCGCAUAUGUCCUGGAUUAUUUUCUUUGUCGGCAAAGCUUCUGCACGAUUUAAAUUUCAUUGAGGUUGGCCGUGCACGGCCGUGCCUGCUAUGUAUUGCUACGGGUGGAUUUAUAUCGAUAUCUUAUUUAACUUUUUUUAGCCCACAUUAUUUGCUUUGAGUCAAACUUUUCCUACGAUGAAUAAGCCGAGCGAUACGGCGUAUUGACCCUAACAAAUCUGUACCAACACUCUUGGGGGAGGAUCCCGUUGGUGGCAAUGAAUGUCUUGUCCGUGAUGCGAGUGCAACACUACUUCACGGCUUGGAAUAUCACGUGAGGCAAGCAUUUCUGCAUAAAGUGCGUUGGCUAUAAAAAAUGUUUCUGGUCAAAUGACAGUGCUUCAUCCCAAAAUGGCUUUGCAUAAAAAAAAGAAAGACAUUCGACUUACAAGUUUUUACAAUUUUCUCCUCUGUAUAACAAUUCCCUAGGGGCAGUGUACUGGAUUCAAUGACAUUCCCUCGAUCGGUGAUGGAUACUGCGACUAGAGUGGCAUGUCACUGUGAGAUCACUUUGGGCGAGUGCUUUGUAUAUGAGACUAUGUAGCAUAUGUAUAGGGAUGGUACGUAUGACUUGACACAAGCGUAUUUCAUGCUUUCUUUGUGUUCUCAGUUUAGAGGUGUGACGAUGGUACUGUUUUUCAUGUCAUGGCUACGGUUGAGGCAUGUAUAAGCACACUGGUGCCUCCACAGGAGGCAGUUGACGUGCUAUACAGCAUUAUUCUAGUAAGGUGUACUAUAAUGAUAAAAAGAAUGUGAACAUACUUUGUUUUCAGAAUUUUUGAUUUUAAUAAAAGUUUAGUAUACAUAA